AACCAACUUGCUACAGAGAAAACAAGAUGCCUUCACUACAGGAAAGCCGGCUGGCGUUCAUUGGCGGCGGCAACAUGGCGAUGGCCAUUGUGCGGGGCCUGAUCACACACGGGCUGAGCGCCCAGAGCAUCACCGUCGCGGAGCCGUGGGAGGUGAACCGCGGCAAGAUGGCCGAGAUGGGCGUGCAGACGACGACAGACAACGUCGCGGCCGUGCGCGGGGCCGACGUCGUCAUCCUGGCCGUCAAGCCGCAGGUCACCAAGGCCGUGUGUCAGGAAAUCGCGGCUGGUUGGAGCGGUGCCGCCUCCCCGCCCGUGGUUGUCAGCAUCGCGGCGGGGAUCACUCUCGCCAGUCUCCAGCAAUGGCUCCACGCCGAGGGGGGCAAGAGCGUGCAUGUUGUGCGGGUGAUGCCCAACACGCCGGCGCUGGUCAGCGAGGGAGCCUCGGGGCUCGUCGCGGGCGAGGGAGUCACCGAGGACGAAAAGGCGUUGAUUGACGGCUUGCUGCGGAGCGUCAGCAAGGCCACCGAGUGGGUUGAUCGCGAGGACCUUCUCGACGUCGUCACCGGCUUAUCAGGCUCCGGCCCUGCGUAUUUCUUCGCCAUGGUGGAACAUCUCAUCGCCAGCGCGACGGCUCUCGGACUGUCCAAGGAGCAGGCCACUCGUCUGGCGGCGCAGACCUGUCUCGGGGCAGGCAAGAUGCUGGUCGAGUCGUCGGACGAGCCGGCGCAGCUGCGUCGCAACGUCACCAGCCCCGGCGGAACGACCUUUGCGGCGCUGCAGACGUUUGAGGCGCUCAAGUUUGGCGAGACGGUCGACGCCGCCGUCAAGUCGGCGACGGCUCGCGCGGCUGAGCUGGGGGAGACGCUGGGCAAGCAAUAGUGAUGAGUGUUAAUAUAGAAUAAGAUCAUAUCAUGUUGAUACGAUAUUCUCCAUCUCAUUCUAGAUGAAACAUCGCUUAAUAUUCCUCAAAGGGUCAACUGCUGCAGGACCAAGUAAGUAACCACAGGCAUCGGCAGACGGAUAUAGCAACGAGUGAAUAUCGGAUACGGCACACGGAUAUAGGCAGGCUCGGCCAGUCAACACAAGCGAUGAGUGGGUUUCUUCGGGAUGGACAGGGUCUGGGCUUAUUGUCAGAGAUAGAGUGCAUCGGAAAGUGCCCGA